AUUUCUGACCCGGGAGAGCGGAGCAGCUGGAUGGACAGAUUUCUAUGUCGAGUGAGAAGGAAGCAGGUCAGGCUGAAGAGGAGGAUUAUGGUGUCACUGUGCUCGGUGGCGGUGCUGCUGCUGCUGGCAGUAGUGAUGAUGCGCGUGAGCCGCGGGGGAACCUUCACCUGCCCGCCGGUGUGCAGGUGCACCGCAGACACACUGGGCUGCACCGGGGAAACCGAGAGCAGAGCCCGGGGAACAUCCUCCACUACCGACCUAAGAUUAGCACAUCUGCCUUUGACAGAAGUACAAAGUGGAACUUUUCAAGGUCUCAUCAACGUGUCCAGAAUUGAAAUUUCCCAAAGUGACUCCAUCAGAAAAAUCCAAAGCGAGGCAUUUCUCUCAAUCCACAACCUUAUCGAGAUCUCAAUACUGAACAUCAUUCACCUGUUGGCUAUAGAAAAAGGUGCCUUCGCAGAUCUACCAAGACUGAGAUACCUGAGCAUCUGCAACACGGGAAUAAGGCAUUUCCCUGAUUUCACUCAUAUCUCCUCACUGGGGCUGGAUUUCUUCCUGGAAAUGGGAGACAACAUGCAGAUAAACAGCAUCCCUGCCAAUGCAUUUCAAGGCAUAUCCAAAGCGGACAUGCACAUGAAUCUUGUCCGAAAUGGAUUUACUGAGAUCGACUCUCACGCCUUCAAUGGGACCAGACUGGAAAAGUUGAUUCUGAAAGAUAACCGGCACCUUAUUAAAAUCCACGAUGAUGCUUUUGAAGGAGCUGAAGGACCAAAUUUGCUCGAUGUAUCAUCCACCGCUCUCCACUUGCUCCCUAGUCGAGGACUGAGAGAGGUGAAGGUUCUCAUAGCACACUCUACACCUUCCCUAAAGAUCCUCCCUCCGCUCGAGACCCUCGCAGAACUUCAGGAGGCCGACCUGACCUACCCAAGCCACUGCUGUGCCUUCAACACCUGGAAACAUGACAACAAGGAGACCGCUGUAUUUGGCCGCUUUAAGAACCUAACCAUGUUGUGUAACAUGGCUGACCAAACAGAUAGCAUGGAUCCAUCAGGUGAAGAUCUUAACGACAUCAAUUUCCACUACCCCGAUCUGGAGUUGUGCAUCAGUAGUAGCUCCUUCAAGUGCACCCCAGAACCGGAUGCCUUCAAUCCUUGCGAGGACUUGCUGGGUCAUACCUUCUUGCGUGCCAUCACUUGGAUUGUCACUGUUUUUUCUCUUGUGGGAAACCUUGCCGUGCUGCUGGUUCUACUCCUGAGCCACCAGAAGCUGGGCGUCUCCCGGUUCCUCAUGUGCAACUUGGCCUUCGCAGAUCUGUGCAUGGGCUUCUAUUUGCUGCUAAUUGCCUUGGCGGACUAUCGCUCGCGUCAAGAGUACUACAACCACGCUAUGGAUUGGCAAACAGGCAUGGGAUGUGGGAUAGCUGGGUUCUUGACUGUCUUCUCAAGUGAACUGUCAAUCUAUACUCUCACCAUGAUUACCCUAGAGCGUUGGCACACUAUCACUCAUGCCAUGCAGAUGAGCAGGAGACUGAGGCUUCGCCACAUGGUCACUAUGAUGGCAAUUGGUUGGGGAUUUUCCCUUUUAAUGGCUCUACUUCCUGUCAUUGGAGUUAGCAGCUACACAAAGGUCAGCAUCUGCCUUCCGAUGGACAUCGAAACUCCAGUUUCGCAGGGUUAUGUGGUGGCUGUGUUGGUCAUUAACGUGGCAGCCUUUUUAAUGGUUUGUUCCAGCUACGCUGGGAUUUACUUAAGCGUGCACAACCCAAAUGUGCCGACACGUCACGGAGACACAAGGAUGGCCAAACGAAUGGCAGUGCUAAUCUUUACGGACUUCCUGUGCAUGGCACCCAUCUCGUUCUUUGCCAUUUCCGCUGCUUUACACAUGCCUCUUAUCACAGUCUCCCAAUCCAAAAUCCUGCUCAUCCUUUUCUAUCCAAUCAACUCACUGUGCAACCCAUUUCUGUACACCAUAUUCACACGAGCCUUCCGCAGGGACAUGUGUCUGCUUUUAAGCCGAUGCGGCUGCUGCCACACACAAGCGGAGUUCUACAGAUCGCAGGGUCUGUCAGGGGUCACCUUGGCUCCCAAGAAGAAGAGCGUGAGGAAAUCUCACUCGAAUCACUUUCGAGCGUACCACAAGCUGCAGGGAUGUUUUUUCAAUAAAGCUGCAACAUGAGCUUCAAUUUUCAAACUACUGAAUGAUUGACUGCUAAGCAACAAUCUGUGAAUGCUGUACAUACUGUGAACGCUCUUUAUAUAUUUUAAUUUAUUAUUCAUUCAUAUUUGUUUUCUGGACUUUGAAACCAUGUUCUAAAUGGGAUUUUCCUCCACACAAAUUGAAAACAAUUCAGUUUUAAAAAACUUUUUAUUAAACUUGUUGGUAGCAAGGAUGGGUUUAUUUUAGUUUGAACCCCCAACCAUUUCCUAACUCCUUGUUCUUAGUAACCGUUGCCAUCCAUCAUUAUGUCAUUUAAACUUUCAGCAAUUUACCAGGUGUUUCCUCAUGCAUAUAUUCUGAAUUUGAAAUGAAGCACAAGAUAUAAAUAAUAGGUAAACCUGGAGAACUUGUUUUUACUCAACUCGAUACCCCUGGCAGGUUUUCUCAGAUUUCAAAGCUAAAAAGUACAUUUUAGAAGUAGCCAGAUUUUGCUUUGUCUCUAUAUUAGAUCUCACAAGAACCACACACCUGUCUGCACAUUUUGCUUGCAGUUUUAUUUGGUUACCUGAGCAAGUCUGAAAUCAAGAAUAAGCCAUAUACAUGAAAUUACUUCUGUAAUAAGUUGCAUAUAAUCAACUUUGGCUUGCCUUUGCAGAACCAACCUACCCUAUACUUGAGAUUAUGAGAAUUGUGCAGCUAUGACUAAUUUUAAAAGGUGCUUUUCUAAUAUUAACAGAGUGAUAACUAUCAAGUAGUAUUAUUUGGCCUCAAACUUCUUGUUGAGCAUGUGAAAAAGGCACCACAAACUCGAGCUGGAUCUCAAGACGCAUGGAAACCUGAGCAAAUUAGCAUUGGGCUUAAAGAAGCAUAAUUAGGAAAGAAAUAAUCCAUGACUUUUUUUUUUUUUAGUCCAUGGAGUUUAUAAAAUUUAUGCAUACUGAAGACGCUGGUGUCAGCUUGUACUUGAAACCUUUCUUGACCUCCACAACUGAUCUAUUGUCUUGUUGCCUCACCUUUUUUUUUUAAUUGAAAA